AUUCGUGGUUUCGUGGCGGCUACAACAUCACUUCCUAAAAAUAGUGUUUUCCGUCAAUUUUAUAUAUGAAAAAAGAGAAAUAUAACGAAGGAAUACAUAAUUUAAAAUUUUUUAUAACCGUUUUAUGGUGUUUUGUAUUUUAUAUCAAAUAAUAUUUAAUUUUUGAAUAUUUUUUGUGCAACAAAUAUCAGAAAAGUGAUAUAAAACGUGCCAAGUGUUUGCCAAAAUAAAGAACAAAUUUGGCAUUUGUUUAACAAUUUUUUUUAAGAUUUGAAAAAAAAAAAAUCAGUAUUCUAAUAUUUAGAAUAAAAUUAAAUAGUAAUUUAAUUAUAGUUUAAAUAAAACUAUAAUUUAUUCUAGCCGGUUUUGGUUAGAAUUUAAUUUAAAAAAAAGAGGUUAAUAAACUUAGCAACAUUGUGUCUAAACAUUCACCUAAAAGAAUAAUCAAAUUUAAAUAAAAUUAAAUUUAUUCUUUUUUUGUGUUCGAUAAGAGUGUAAAAGGUGCACAAGGAAUGUCUAACCCGGAUAAAAAAGGACUCAGUAAAAUAAGCAAUUUCCUAUCAUGUCGUCAAGUACUAAAUCUAAUGACAAUGUUGGGCUUCAUGCUGAACUAUGCCCUGCGAGUAAAUCUAACCAUUGCCAUUGUGGCAAUGGUCAAAACCAAUACCACCGGCUUGCCAGUUUUAAAUGGCACUAGUACGUCAAAUCUUACAACACCUGCCUCAAACGUUAGUCCUGCUGAAGUGGAAGAUGAAAAAUUCGCCUGGGAUUCAUACCAACAAAACUUUGUACUGGGCAGUUUCUUUUGGGGCUAUAUUCUGACAGAAUUGCCCGGUGGUCGAUUGGCUGAAUUGAUUGGUGGUCGAAGGGUAUUUGGACAUUCUAUGCUUUGGGCGUCUCUGUUGACCUUAUUCACACCGAUUGCAGCUCACAUUGAUUAUGUAGCUUUGAUUGUUGUCAGAGUUGUUUUGGGCUUUAUGUUGGGUGCGUCAUGGCCAGCAAUUCACCCAGUUGCAGCAGUUUGGAUUCCCCCAAUGGAUCGUUCAAAAUUCAUGUCCAAUAUGAUGGCUUCAUCUCUUGGUGCUGCAAUAACUAUGCCAAUUUGUGGAUUCUUUAUUUCAUCAUUUGGCUGGGCUAGUGUAUUCUAUCUUACCGGUGCUGUUGGUUUAAUUUGGUCAAUUUGUUGGUUCCUCUUUGUCUUCGACACACCAGCCACCCAUCCAAGAAUCUCCCCCGAAGAACGUCGUGAAAUUGAAGAAGCUAUUGGUUCAUCAACAUCAAAAAAACGUCCUAGCCAUGUACCAUGGGGCCAAUUGUUGACAUCAUCUGCCGUCUGGGCAAUUAUCAUAACUCACGGAUUGUCAGUAUUUGGAUUCUUUACUGUGAUCAACCAAUUGCCAACUUAUAUGCAUGACAUAUUAAAUUUCAAUAUCAAAAAGAAUGGACUUUUCUCAUCACUUCCGUACCUGGGUAAAUACGUUAUGGCUGUAGGCUCAUCAUAUUUAGCUGAUUUCCUUAGACAGAAGGGAACACUAUCCACAACUGCUACACGAAAAGUGUUCACCGUUUUCGCCCUUUUCACACCUGGACUAUUGAUGGUAUUUCAAGUAUACCUUGGUGAUGUAGCUGGAUGGUCAGUUGCUAUCUUUACAUUGGCCCUGUUCUUCCAUGGUGCUGUGACAGCUGGUUACUUAGGAAACGGUCUCGAUAUUGCUCCCAAUUUCAGUGGAACAAUCUUCGGAAUGGCUAAUACACUCUCAUCGUUUGGUGGUUUCCUAUCGACGUGGAUGGUUGGUGCUCUAACCUAUCAUGAUAAAACUUACCACCAAUGGCAAAUUGUGUUCUGGGUUUUGGCAGCUACAUACAUGUCUGGAGCUAUUGUCUUUGUUGUAAUGGGAACUGGAGAACUUCAAUCCUGGAACAAUCCACCAGAAGAUAAAAAUGAAACUGACCAAGAAGAAGGCCUGCCAUUAAAGACAAAAGUUGCAAAUGGAAAUUAAUGCAAAUGCAAACUUAAAGAACUAAUUUUUCUAUUAAUUUAAAAAUUUUAUUUAUUUUUCCUUAUAUUUUCGUUUUUGUGUCAUAGUUUUUGAAAGAGAAAUUGAGAGACGAACUAAAAAUGUGAAUGAAUGUUUUCGAGUGCCUUCGUCUCGUACUCAAUUAAAACAAAAAAAAUUCCUACUCAUUUUAUUUUGUAUCGAAAUACGAAAUUAUAAUUUUUUCUCAAAAACUUUGAAAAGUUAAAACUUUUCAAUUAAAUUGAACUAUGUAAGGAAACCCAUGUGAAAUAAUAUUUGACUUAUUUUUUUAAGUGUAUGUAAAAUUUUUUAGUUUUUUUUUAUAUAAUUUCUUUUGUUAAAAAAGACGAUAAAGACAAAAAAAAAACAAAAUUUAAGAUGUUGGAAGCGAUAAUUGUGUGACACUGAUAGUAUUCAAUGUUAACUAUAAAUAAAAAUUAUAUUUUAAAUAAGAUUUUAGAUUUUAUAAUUAAGUUAAAAUUAAUUUAGCAAAAAAAAAACAAACAAGAUUUAUACUUAAAAUAUUUUUUAUAAGAACUCUUUCCAAGUAUAAACGAUUAUGUA